AUGUCGAAAUCCGACAUCGAACACAGCAGCUCAGGGGCCAACCCUGAAGCAGCGACGACAACCGACCCCGCCAAGCCGACGCUCUUCCAGCGAUUCAAGACACACAUGAAGCGAUGGUGGUGGGUGUACCUGAUCGCAUUCUGCGUCGUCAUCCUCGUCGUCGUCCUCCCCGUCAUCUACGUCGGCGUCCCCAACUUUGCCAGCAAAUACAUCAACGACUACGAGUACGACUACUCGGGUCUGGAAAUUACCAACCCGCGUCCGGACGCGUUCCACGUGCGCCAGAAGAAGCAGCUCUCCAUGGGCGGUGGGUUCAGCGGCAGUGGGUAUCUGAGCCCGUUUGACGCCGAUAUAAAGAUGCCUGAUACGGGGGAGACGUUUGCUGUGUUCCCUGUGCAGCGGAUUGCGUUUGACGGUGGGGCGGAGCUGGAUAUCGAUCAGGAUCUGCAUCUGGAUUGUGUGGAGUGUUUGGGGAGGCUGGCUGUGCAGGCUGCGACGAAUGAGGAUCUCUCGGUUUUGGUGACUGGGAAGCCGGAUUUGAAGUUUGGGGCGCUGCCGACGGCGCAUUUAGAUAUUCGGAAGACGAUGAAGAUGAAGGGCUACGAUGUACAAAAAUUCGUCAACACCCCAGGCAGCUUCAACGUCACCAGUGUCAAUCUCCUGAAACCCCCGACCAAAGAAGGCUACAACGUCAACGCCACGAUCGCGCUCAAGAACCCGACUCCUUUCUCCGUCGAGAUGGGCUCCGUCAGUUUCAAUCUCUCCAUGGGAGGCUCCGACCUGGGCUAUAUCGACGUCCCCGAUCUCACCCUCAAGCAACCCAGCAGUGAGAUUGUCAUGUUGGGCGACCUGGACAUGGACUUGCUCAUCCAGCAGGGCAUCUUCGGGGACGGCGAUGGCCUGGGCGAGGUCACUAUCGACGUUCAAGGCACUCGCUGCGAGUACAACGGGGAGGAGAUCCCGUACUUUGCACCUGCGAUUAAGGCGAUUAAGGCGAGUGCGCAUAUUAAUCUGAUGGAUUAUGCGUCGAGUUUGAUGUAA